CCGGGGGCGACACUGCGUCUCCAGAAGCCCGAGUUCGGGAGCUUUCCUCAGUCCUGACACUAGCUGUGAAAGUGCCUGUUGUCUGGAAAAGCUGAGGGAAAUUCAGCGGGAUUUAGGCCUUUUCAAGUGUUAGAAAUAAUCCCCGCAACGGUGGUAUUUCUCUGACAUGGAUUUUAAAGGCAAAGUGAGAGAUUUUCUUGCUUGGAAACCUGCAUAACUUUGACAUCUGAGAGCUCAAGGUUGACUCAUGGAGCCUGGUGUUAAAAACUGAAUAUUCGGGAGGCUGGUUUGAUUCAUCAGAGAACUGCUGAGUCAAUAAAAAAACACAUUUUGAAGAUGUCAGAAAGGCAUUCAGGCCAGGUUGGAACUGGAGCAGGAAAUGAGAUGGACACUCCUACUGUCAAUUUCAAGUACUCCAGCUUCAGAGAUUUUUGUUCUACAUCUUCAUUUCAAGAUAGUGGCUACAGUGAGUUGUUAAAAUCUUGCAGCUUUGAUAAUACAGAUAAAGACAUUUUUGGAAAGGAGGAAAAAGGCCCAGCAUUAAAUUAUGAACAUUCUGAAACUUCAAGUCUGGGCUUAACACAUCAUUUAGAGACCCCUAAGCAAAAAAAGAGAUUUGUCUUCCCUAGGAAAGAAAUGAACAAAACCCCAGAACUUUGGGAAACUCCUAAACUCAAUGGAAAAAGAUGUUUACGGCGCAGAAGGCUGGAUAUGUCUUUCUCUCCUCUAAAGCGAGGCUUUGAAUCACAAAAUAGUUCUAUAGAAAGUAGUAUAAGCCGAGUUCUCAACUUUGAAAAAAAUAUUCCGAGCAGUGCUUCAGGUUUUCCAAGGCAAAAUAAUUUUAGUGCUUUAAUUAGUAGUACUUUGAAAACAGAAGAGGCAACUUCAAGCAGUCAAAAACUGAGACUUAAUUUUUCUCAACAGACGACUUCUACAGUUGAUGACUCCAAAGAUGACUGUAGCCUGUUUGAAGUUGAAUGCAUAUCUCCAAUUCAGGGCAAUAAUUUUAAAGACUCUCUCACCCAUGACUUUAGUGAUAGUAGUCUAUGUGUUAGUGAUGAGAACACAUGUCCUGAACUUCUGGGCUCCUCUGGUAGUGGAACAACUUGUGAAACAGAUGAGGACAUAUUUGUGACUCCAGUAAAUAACCUUGUUGCAAACAUUAAAUUUAAGGUAAAUCAAAGGCUUUUUCCUUCAACUGAAGUGAGAGGCAAUUUUUCAACACCUGAAGACAGUGGUUUUAACUCACUUUGCCUGGAUAGAUCAGAAGAGUCCCUCUCUGACCAGGAGAGUUUUUUUCAAGAACUACCUCAGAAACGUAAGGGGACUCUCAAAGCGGGGGCCACCGUAAGAAGGUCAAGGCGUCUUGGAAGGUUGAGAAGACUGUCCACCCUCCGGGAGCAAGGCUCACAGUCUGAGACGGAGGAGGAAAGCCACAGCAUCCACUCUGACUCGGAAACAACCCCAGCAGCUGCUUCAGACUUCUCAGAGAGCCAGCCCGGCAGUGACAGUCAGAGUGGGGACUUGAUUUUGGGCUUUACAGAUUUAUCCAACACCCCAGCCUUGCAAUUAGUGCAUGAGCUCUUCAUGAAAAACAGAAGGAAAAGAUUCCAGCAAAAGGGGGCACUCGAAUUCUUAGAAGAAAGAGAUGAGGGGAAAAUAGCUGUGCUGCAGUGUGUGCUUGCAGGACUGAUUGGCAAGAAAAUGGGCAUAGAAAAACUGGACAUCUUAACCGAAUUGAAAUACAGAAAUUUAAAGCAUAUUCUUGCAGUUGUUUUAGAUUCCUUGACUGCAGAAAGCCUAUGCAGUGUUUGGAAAGUGAGCAGAAAUUGGCGUCAAAUUAUUGUUCAAGAUAAAAAAGCAAAUCAGAGGAGGAAAUUUUAUAUAACACGACUGAAAACAGAUGCUGAGCGAGCUAUAUUAAAUGUUCAGGAUGCUGCCACUCGGCUUCAUCUUUUAAAUCGAUCAGCCCUAAGAUCUGUACAAGCUCAGGCUAGGACACCAAGUUCUCAGAAAGAACAAGUUUCAACAUUCUCUCCUUGGGGAGAAGUUCUGACACCUAUAGCAAGCUCUUCAAUUUUCCACUCACACAGUAAACAGGAAGAGUAUGUUAAGGUUGCCAAAACACUUUUCAUUGAUGAAGCAUUAAAACCUUGCCCGAGGUGCCAGUCCCCUGCUAAGUACCAGCCAUAUAAGAAAAGGGGGCUGUGUAGCCGCACAGCCUGUGGUUUUGACUUUUGUGUGUUAUGUCUGUGUGCUUAUCACGGGUCUGAAGAAUGUGGUAGGGGAGCAGCAAAUCCAAGAAGCAGAAGAGAUGCUCUUCCAGGAAGUGCCGAGAGUAAGAGGAACUUAAAACGCCUCUGAAACACCUCUAAAGAAGCGUUAAGUAUAAAAGAAGCAUUCCCCCGAGCAAUGCUUAGUCUGACCUAAAAUUAUGGAUAAUUUGAAAGCAUGCAAAUUUUCCUAUUAAUGACAGAUGAUGAUUUAUUUCCUAUUUUGUGUAUAUUAUAAUCCAUGUCAUUGAAUGUUUUCUUUAAGGUGGUAAGUUUUGAAGCAAUUUUACUUUACUGUGUCACUUUUAUCCAUUUUAAUAACUUAGUGUUUUUAAAUAAAGAAUUUUCAUUGUUAUAUAUAUGUAUUUGUGUUUCAUGUAAUAUUUAAAGAUUGUGCAUUUCAUCACUAUGUGUUGAAAUGAUCUUCAAUCACUUUUAAAAAAUAGUUUUCCAAAUAAUAUUAAAAUUUUGAACUUGAGAUGGUCUUAAAGAUUUGGAAAAUGAGUAUUUGACUGAAAUGAAAUAUAAAUGAAAUAAAAUGUUUUCAAAAGUUCUAUUGAAUUUAUAAUUUCAAGAUUUCUCUUAAUUUGGUGAGUGUCAUAUUUGGGCAGACUUCUGGUUAAAUAAAAUUUAUUUAAUAUUGAUAACUGAGAAGACAUAAAAAGUAAAUUAUUAGACAUGUAUGGUUAUUUGCAAUGGGAAUCUUAGUCAAUUAAUAAACCCCUAUAAGUCACACAUUUCAUAUAAGUACUUUUUAAAAUUCCAAAACUGUAGUCACAGAUUUCAUUUGUUUAUUCUAGCCUGGGUAUCAAUAUUGUGGCAAAUUUGGGCUGGCUUGCAAAGAUAAGAUUUUUUUAAAUAAGAAAAUUUAUGAAAUUGUUUAUAAAGUACUUCUUUUCAA